ACUUUGAGCUGGAGGAGAAGCAACUUUGACAGUGACCACGGGUUUCGAAGCCCGCUUCUUCGCGGCAGCAGCGGUCUCGCAAGUCGCUGGGCUUAGGUGGGGCAAGUUUCCCGGGCCGGCAGCGCUGCGUCUGGCUGCUUGCAACCUGUUUCCAGCGAGCCAGGAGCGGGAUCGUGGCUGCCAGUCAUCUGAAGAAGGCGAACUUGUUUUUCUCCCUUUUUAACGACCUCGGCUUACAACUGGAUAAAGCGGUAUCGAAAGGAUGUAAAAAGGCAGGACAACUGUUAUCAACUGGAUAAAGCGGAUCGAAAGAAUGUAAAUAGGCAGAGCAACUGUUACCAAGAAGGCAACCACCCAAAGGCAGAGAGGAACGUGGGGCUUGGUCCGGGAAUCUCCCAGUGGCAACAUUAAUCAACAGUCAGGUGCUGGUUACAACUUUUCAAGGUCAGCCACCGGGAGCAGCGAUUCCCUCUCUGAACCUUGGGAGAGAUACGCAGCACACGGGGUGGAUUUGCUGAGAGAUGUAGAAGGGGAGGGUUUGUGACCCAAGACCCAUCCCCCAACCUCCCCGUAAUCUCCCGUCCCCCACGGCCGGGGCGGGGGUGAGUAUGUGACAUGUGUCUAACUCUCAGCAGCAACUUGGGCAGCAGGUGUCGGUCCUAACCCGGAGCCGCGGCCGCCGGGUGCGCCUUCGCCAAGCCAUGCGGGCCCCGGGCUCGCCUCUCGCCCGCACCUUGCGGCUGCUGCUUCUGCUACUGCUCAAGGUUUCUGCCUCUCCUGCCCUCGGGUCCGCUUCUUCGCCAAGAAAUGAAACUUGCCUGGGGGAAAACUGCUCACCUGCACUCAGCCACCGUCGCAACAGGGACUCUUGGGGACUGGGAAAUUCUGCAGAAGACCUGCUAACCCAUGCGCUCAGGGAGGAGGAGCAGGGGGCGGCUGUGCGCGCGGCGCCCUUUAGGGACAGAAGGGCAGCUCCAGGCAGUGACCCAGGUGCGGGCAGAGGGGCGGAGGCGUUGACCGCAAAACCCUCGGGACCUCCAGCCAGGCCGCCUGGAACCUGGAGGUGGAAAGGUGCCCGGGGUCAGGAGCCCCCUGGAACUCUGGGCAGAGGGAGCCCCCCGGCUCUUCAACUCUUUCUUCAGAUCUCAGAGGGCAAAGAGAAGGGUCCUAGAGGUUCUGGCGUUUCCGGGCACAGCCAGGAGCAGAGUGUGAGGACGGAACUUGGAGCCAGCGACCUUUAUUACUGGCCAAGGAGAGGCGGGAAACUCCAGGGUUCCCACCACGACACCCCACCCAAGACGGUCAGUGGACUGUCUGGGCACGAAUGGCGGACAAUUGCACCCCCUGGGAGGGCGCUGGCCCAGAAUGGGUCCUCGGGCGAAGGGAUCCACGACCGUGGGGGUCCCCGCCGGGGGAACAGCACAAACCGACGCUUGAGAAUAAAGAACCCCUUCUACCCACUGACCCAGGAGUCCUAUGGCGCCUAUGCGGUCAUGUGUUUGUCUGUGGUGAUCUUCGGGACUGGCAUCAUUGGCAACCUGGCGGUGAUGUGCAUCGUGUGUCACAACUACUACAUGCGGAGCAUCUCUAAUUCCCUCUUGGCUAACCUGGCCUUCUGGGACUUUCUCAUCAUCUUCUUCUGCCUUCCGCUUGUCAUCUUUCACGAGCUGACGAAGAAGUGGCUGCUGGAGGACUUCUCUUGCAAGAUUGUGCCCUAUAUCGAGGUUGCUUCCCUCGGAGUCACCACCUUCACCUUAUGCGCUCUGUGUAUAGACCGCUUCCGAGCAGCCACCAACGUGCAGAUGUACUAUGAAAUGAUCGAGAACUGUUCUUCCACAACUGCCAAGCUUGCUGUUAUAUGGGUGGGUGCCCUACUGCUAGCACUUCCAGAAGUUGUUCUCCGCCAGCUGAGCAAGGAGGAUUUGGGGUUUAGCGGCCGAGCGCCUGCGGAACGCUGCGUCAUCAAGGUCUCCCCUGACUUACCGGACACCAUCUACGUUCUAGCCCUGACCUAUGACAGUGCAAGACUCUGGUGGUACUUCGGCUGUUACUUUUGUUUGCCCACACUUUUCACCAUCACUUGCUCUUUAGUGACUGCAAGGAAAAUCCGCAAAGCGGAGAAAGCCAGUACCCGAGGGAAUAAGCGGCAGAUUCAGCUGGAAAGCCAGAUGAACUGUACGGUAGUGGCUCUGACCAUUUUAUAUGGGUUUUGCAUUAUUCCUGAAAAUAUCUGCAACAUUGUUACUGCCUACAUGGCUACGGGGGUUUCCCAGCAGACCAUGGACCUGCUGUACAUCAUCAGCCAGUUCCUUUUGUUCUUUAAGUCCUGUGUCACCCCAGUCCUCCUUUUCUGUCUUUGCAAGCCCUUCAGUCGGGCCUUCAUGGAGUGUUGCUGCUGUUGCUGUGAUGAGUGCAUUCAGAAGUCUUCAACGGUGACCAGCGAUGACAAUGACAACGAAUACACCACAGAACUUGAACUCUCACCUUUCAGUACCAUCCGCCGCGAAAUGUCCACUUUUGCUUCUGUUGGAACUCAUUGCUGAAGGACAGCCUUUUCUUUGGUUAGCUUUAUGUGUUUGAUUUUCAUAUCCUGUGUUUUUACUUCAUAUUUUCCCUACUGGAAAAAAAAUGCAACGAAAGAGAGAAAUAUUAACGACUGUAGAACUGAUUUUGCAAAUUAAUAUUUGUGCUUUGAAAAAAUGUUUAUAUUUAGUUAUUUAAGACGUAUGAGGAGGCCAAUAGUUUUAGAUCACUUUAUCUGGUAUGGUGCUAAUAUUUUAUUUGAAAAAAGUUACUGCACCUUAACUUAACUAAUUGCUAACUUUCUUUCUUUUGAAAAUAUAAUCAGUGUAUGUUGAUGAUAGCCAUGUGAUUUUGUAGGUUUUAUUAUGUUUGAGUUGUGAUGGACAGUAUAUUGUAUAUGGUAUUGUGAGAUGAUUUGUAGUUAAGGAGCAUUCACAAAGUAGCACCAAAUAAAUUAUACUUUAUUCUUUAAUGUCAUUGUCAAUCUACUUUUAACCGAGAUUCAAUAAAUCUUUUAAUUGCCUUAAAUGCACAA